UGUAAAUCCACGAUGAGCCGGCUCUGCUGCUGCAGACAACAAGUGUUCAGAGAGAGAGAGAUAAAACGAGGUUACUCUGUAACUGAGAGAGAGAGAGAGAUAGAGAGACAGACAGACAGACAGAGCGAGCGAGAGAGCGGAAAAAGAGGUUACCACGGCAACUCCGAGAACGUAUGUUGCUGCAGCAGCGCCGAGGACACACAGGUUGAAGAGAUGAGGAGCAGAUGGAGGAUGGACCUAGGAGUCCAUUUCCACCUCUGACCUUCAUCAAACAGUUUGGCACUUUACUUUGGGGGUACCAAAAGGCAGAGGGAUCCUUUGCACACAGAGCGAAGGUCUAAGGAACAGUAAUACCAGGGCAUUUAGGUGGCUAAGGUACCAACAUGUCCCAGGCAGGUAAAGUCCUCCACCUGUACGUUGAGGUGAGAUCUGUUGCUGAGGAAGAAGAGAAGGUGCCGGCAAUAAGAGAUGAUGGGACUGCUCACUUGAUGCUUCAGUGCCCAGACGUCCUACCUCACUCCCAGAGAAGCUCCAGUCCCAACCGGACACAGGAUCAUUCCCCAGUCUCUCAGCACCAAACUGGGGUUGGAAGCCACAGCUUACCCCCCUCAAAGUCUUCCUCCAGGCACUCAGUCAGCUUCCAACUACAAAACCCUGACGCUACAGGGUCUCCCACCCAGUUCCAUCAGCAGGAUGUGUUGCCAGACAGUUUGGGACAAUUACUCCAUGCUCUUGCGCCUGGAAUGACUGCUCCAGGUCAACAUGGCUCAUUGGCACGCACCCCUACCUCUGACAUGGAUGCCUCCCGGGAAAGGGUGCUUAUCUCCCCAUCUUCUACAUCUUCUGUGCUGCUGACUGUACCCUCCACACCUACCAGCAACCGCAGGUCCUAUGAGGUCCCAGGGGUGGGGGGUGAGAAGGGGAAGACAUCUGUGGUGACCUUUGGCUACAUAGAGAAAGCUAAUGUUCACAGCACGGGGGGGAGGCACACCUCUGUGUGCCAAAGUGAGAGAGCGAGAACGGAGUGCCACCUCCAGAAGCGGAUGAAUGACCCAGUGUGGUACCCUUACCCCAAUCACCCUAACUCGUUUCAUAACCAGUCCCCAAAGCGCUCGCCUUACAUCCAAAGGUCUACCCCAGACGCAGUUGCCAGAGAUGCCACCUACAGGGCCUUUGAGGAGUUUGGAUCCCCAGAACUCAGGCGUAGGUUCGCUGAUCACAGUCCGGGGAAUUGCAGCCCGACUCUGCCACGGAACUACCAAUCCCCUCGCUGCUCUCGGUCCUGGCAGGGAUCACCUAUCCUUUCCCGUAGCACUGUCACCCUGCCAUCCAAGGCCAAGCUCAUGGAGAUGGAAAGGGGAAUCUGCCGUAGUUCUGUGCAUGGAUUACCCAGAAGUCCAGCCUCUGAACAACUCUGUGCCCACACUGGCUACUCUGCCCACUCAGCGGCUCCAACCUCAACUCUUCGCUUACAUGGCUCGCCCCAGCAGAGCCAGAAGAGGCUGUUUGUUGGGGACGAGAGCCCCAGGUUGUCCAGCAAAUUCCAUCCACCGUUGCCCGCGGGGAGACCCACAGACAUCCAGCACGAGAUCCCAACUAGCAUAUUCCCCACCAGCAACUGUUCCAGGACUACUGGGAACCCCCAACACAUCAGCAACACCACUCAUAACGCUACAGACAGUAUACACCACAGUACUAAUGAUAACUUAUCCAGUAAGACGCACUACAAAUCGUCACGCUGCAGUAGCAGAGCCAGUGAUAUGGUCAGCCCUACCAACGGCAGGAGGAGCGUCUCCUCCUCCUUAAAUGCUGAAAUGUCUUGUAAUUUAGCAGUGGAAGCUACCAAACUGUCCACUAUUUUUCCUGAAAGCCGGACUCCCUCUCCAACACCAUCUCAAGCGGAGUCCCUGAGGUCCGAGAGUCCCAAGACGGGAGUGUCAUUCCCGAGAGAAUCCCAACGUAACGCCACUCUACGUGGACAAAGCUCCCCUGAGCUUUUACACCCUGAGAACCAGAACCACAAAUGGAAAACGGACCAAGCAAUACCUCGGAGCAGACCAGGACGCCUCUCUCCUCUCUUAUCCCAGAAAGGCCGGUCUUCACCAGCAUCUCCAGCCUUGCCGGCUAGGUCGCACCGCGCAGCCACUUCUCAAUCGCCAGUUUUGGAUCCACAGCAUCAACCCACAAGGGACGUGUCAGCGCUGCACCGCCACCAACCGCCACAGUACACCGGAGAACACAAAACGCCCGAAAUGGAGCGCAAGCAGUACGAUCACCUCUUUGACGAAUCGCUUAAGAACAACCCUGAACUCUCCAGGAGACUUCUCUCGAGCCAAAACACAGAAGCAUUGCCUGUGAGCUGGAGCAGCCAGUGGAGGGACACUGGACCGGUCCAAGACCGAGACGAACACUGCGAAGAGAACUACACACAGUCAACGUCGAGAGUUUACAUACCAAGCAAAGAGGAGUAUCGGAGGAAGGUCGUAGGAGACCAAGGGAUCAAGACGUCCUUGCAGGAGUACCAGUCGUCAGUUUUAAACGUUUCCAAGAACGAGAGGGAGGAUGUUCAGGAUCACAGCGGGGCUGUUUGCGUAUCCUCCCAAAGCUCCAGUGGGGUAACAGGCAGCAUGGGAGAUUCCCAGACAGACCGAAACGACAGUCCAUCUCCCGAAACCUCGAGCCAGUCCAGCCACGAUACGGCAGACACCGGCUCAGGGAUACAGGUCGGCUGGUUGGCGAGGGUGGUGAGGGUUUGGUUGUGUGUUGUGUGAGGAGCUUAUCGUGUAGAUUAAGUGUAUGUUUUGAGACUGUGUGGAUGGGAAGGUUG